ACGCGGCGGGCGAGGCUGUGCUCGGGCCGGGGCCGACGGCAGUGUCUCCUCCCCGCGGGGCUCGCGCCAUGGGCCCGGUGGCCGUGCGCGGCGCCCUGCUGGGCUGCCUCUGCCUGGCCCUCGGUUGCCUGUGCGCUGCAGAUAGGCUCUUAAGUGGCACCCAUGAGUGGAAAAAACUAAUUCUGGUUCAGCACUGGCCUGAGACAGUGUGCGAGGAGGUGCAAAACGACUGCAGAGACCCCCCGCACUACUGGACGAUACACGGGCUGUGGCCUGAUAAAACUGAAGAAUGUAAUCGAUCGUGGCACUUUAAUUUAGAAGAGAUUAAGGAUCUUUUGCCAGAAAUGAAGACCUACUGGCCUGACAUAAUUCAUCCAUCGCCUAAUCGCAGCCAGUUCUGGAAGCACGAAUGGGAUAAGCAUGGGACCUGUGCCGCGCAGGUGGAGGCCCUCGACUCCCAGAGGAAGUACUUCGGCAAGAGUCUGGCUUUGUACCAAAAGCUGGACCUCAGCAGUGUGCUCCUAAAGUUGGGGAUAACACCGUCUAUCAAUUACUACCAGGUUGGAGAUUUUGAAGAUGCGCUUACCAGAGUGUACGGAGUGGUGCCUAAACUCCAGUGCCUUCCGCCAAGACAGGGGGAGGCAGUGCAGACGAUCGGGCAGAUAGAGCUGUGCCUCACUAAGCAGGACCAGCAGCUGCGCAACUGCACCGAGCCGGGUGCGCGGCCGUCCCCCAGGCGGGAGGCCUGGCUGGCGGGGGUGGCUGCCGAGGACCAGGGCCUGCGGGUCUGUGAAGACGGCCCCGUCUUUUACCCCCCACCUAAAAAGAUCAAGCACUGAUGCUGAAUUUUGGAAAUAUUCGGUGUUUUAAAAUACAGGAGAAAUUCACAAACUGCUGCUUUCUGAACGCUCCAAAGUUGAGUCUCCUGUUCAUAACUCUUGUGUUAGCAGCAAGCCUUUUUGUUGUUUUGGUUUUUUCCUUUAAUGCCAUGAAUCGAGUUUUGUAGUUCCUGUAGAAAUGGGACGACAUGCAGCCCGUGGAGGGGAAGGCGUCCUCCCACGCCCGGCGGCUGCUUUGUCUUUAUGACAGAGCUGGUAGGUUUCUUCUUCGUUAGGAAGCUCUGCGGCAUCUUUAGAAGGCCAGGCAGGCACCGUGGAGCUGGGUACCAAUUCAGGAGACUUUCUUGCUUGAGUUUUGCCUGUCGCCUGCCUGGGGUGGGGUCUCCCUAGGACAGGAGCUCUGCUCACCGCAGGAGCCGGGCGGUGGCUGGGGCGUCUCUAGCUCAGGGUUGGGGUCUCUUCCAGGUGGCCAGAGACACAGGACACGGUCCCAAUACCAGCUGCUCCCUUGGCAGCCUGGAGUGGGCACAAGCCUGUCCUUGGAGGAGCACAUGUCCCCUCCUGCUCUGAGGGGAUUCGGGUGGCAUUCCCAGAGCAGCCCACCAGCUGUCCCCGUGCCGUCAGCGUACGCGUCCGGCUCGCUAUUCCUUGCAGACUCGACGCCGCAGGCUGGUUUAUCUCAGGCCUCUCGUUCCUUUUGUCAGGAGGCAGCCAGGGCAGGUGACCGAUGUGUAUUUAGAAAUUCACACGAGGCCCCGAGUGCCGUCCUCAGACGGUGCGUCCUGGAACUUCGAGACACGCUCUCCUUCUGGAUGCUCGGCAUGUGACCCUCACGUCAACGGACCCUGCGGCGGGGACCCUGAGCUGCUGUGACGGGUGUCGCCUGGGCAAGGGCUGUUCUCUGUGCCUGUAUUAAAGCUACCUUUUGUUCUCCUCUC